GUGAUUGUGUACGUGCAGUUUUGAACUUGACACGUUCUUGGAAACAUAAUUCUUACUGUGAUACUUAAAAUUUACGCCUUUAGUCUUGUUAGAUCGAUUCUGUUUAUAUCGACGACGACGAAACACAUUUCAUUACGUACUGGCAGUGUAUUUUUAAGUUUUCACCAAUGAAGCUGAAGGACGUGGAAUUCGCGCCUCUGUGCGUGCCACUCAGGCGGAGACUCGAGACGCUCGCAGCCGCAGCAUGGAUUUACUUAGUGGUAUUCGGAGGACUAACCGGAUGGGCUAUUCUUUUGUACAUUUUAAUGGCCACGCGGUUUUGGUGGGUAGCACUAUUGUACGGUUUAUGGAUCUAUCUUGAUCGAUCAGUAGCGUGGAAUAACCCGAAAAGAUUUCGCUUUAUGAGAAGGUUGACAUGGUGGACCCACUUUAAGAAUUACUUUCCAGUAUCUCUAGUAAAAACGCACGAUUUGCCAGCUGAUAAAUCGUAUCUGUUUGCCACUUACCCUCAUGGAGUGUUGUGUGCUGGAUCAUUUUCUAAUUUUGCGACAGAUGCAGGCCAAUUUUCAGAACUAUUUCCCGGUCUCACAUCGCAUCUUAUAACUCUUAGCUUACACUUUAGUAUGCCAUUCACCCGUGAAAUUGGCAUUGGUUUAUGUCUUCAAGAAUCAUCUGAAAAAAGUUUGAUGAAUCUAUUGGAUAACAAGAAAGGUAACGUUGCUGUUCUUAUGGUUGGUGGUGUUUCCGAAGCGUUCAAGUCUUUUCCAGGACCAUACCAUCUCAUACUAAAAAAAAGGAAGGGAUUUAUUCGUGUGGCUUUACAAACUGGAGCGUCAUUAGUGCCGGUGUUUUCUUUUGGCGAGACAAAUGUGUACGGAUUGGGUGAAGCUGAGCCAAAUUCAUUCUGGGAUAAAGUGUUGAAAUUUAUUAAAUGGAAAAGCGGAAAUAAAGUACCAGUAGGACGUGGAUUUUUCCAAUAUAGUUUUGGUAUUGUGCCUCGUAGACAUCCAAUUGUUACUGUCGUGGGCAAGCCAAUUGAUGUACCAAAAAUUGUUAAGCCAGAAAAAGAAGACAUAGAGAAGUACCAUCGCAUAUUUAUCGAUGAGCUGACUAAGCUAUUCGAAGAACAUAAAACUAAAUACUCUAAACAUCCCGAUGAAAUGGAGUUAGUAUUAGAUUAAAAAAUAAAACAUGUUAUACUAUUUUUUUUUUUUAUAGUCAUAUUUUCCCUAAAUUUAAUUUAUAGUUCUCUGAUAUUCUUAAUGUUACAACUAUUUAUUUGUUAUUAUUGUAUUCCUUUAAAUAUUUUUAAUUUGUAUUUAAUUUACCGAAUUUAUAAAGGUGAAUGUGUCUUAAUAAUUGUGUUCGAGUUCAGCCUAAUUUUUGUAUUUAAAUUAUAAUACUUACCUAAUUAAAAUUAUAAUUUAUGUUUAUUAUAAUGUAUAAGUAUAAUACAAAGAAUAGUUAAAAUACAUUAAAUGUUUGUUUAAACGUGUA